AUGCUCUUCACCAAGACCUUCCUCCUCGUCACCGCAAUGGUCAUCCCCUCCGCCCUCGCCGCGUGCAACAACGCCCCAUACCAAGGAACCUGCAACGACUGCGUCGUCUCGUGCCACGACGACUUUAACGGACCGGGCCGCCAGGAGUCGCUCCAGCGAUCCAGCUGCCAGUUUGCUUGCCUCGCUCUCUGCGACGACUGCGACUAA